GGUCACCUGGUUCUUCAGUCAUAUGACCCAAAUCUGUGACGAAAUGGCAUUAGAAAGGUGACAAACUUAUCAGCGAAUUUCAAGACAAAAAGUAACUUUUCCAAAGCAUGUGGAGCAUUCAAGAUGAAAGAUGGUUGGCUGGAUGAACCCAAGAGUUCCAGGUUCUUUGAAAGCUGUUCUGAAUGUUCUAGUAGCUGUUGCAUUCCUCCAACUCCACGGUACUGUGAGCCAGACUUUCAACGUGACGACCGAGGUUACAGUGGUGAACUCCUCCACUAUAGCGGCCUCCACUCCCAUACCAACAACAGAAGUCUUCCCACUCAGUUCUCUCAAUCCACCCACUAUAAACUGUUCAGGCUUUAAUGCCUCAUUGUGCAAUUCAUGUACACCAGGAUAUUAUGCAAACACCACUGCUUUCCCAGACUGCCACUGUUGUCAGGAGUUUGGUCAGGAGGGGCAAUGUCAAUCCUCCUGUCAGAAGUGCCGACCUGGGCACUACCAACCCAACAACAGCUCCAUCUCAUGUCUCAAGUGCCCUAUAGGACACAAUAGCAGCACCUUUGGAAAUCCAGAGUGUUCGGCAUGUAAGCCUGGGUUCUUUGCUAACACAACAGGGAUGGCAGUGUGUCUCCCUUGUUUACCAGGAACAUUUACAAAUAAAACAAAAAGCAGUCAGUGCCAGAAGUGCCCCAAAGGACACAAACAGCCAGAGAUGAGGGCCGAAGAGUGCCAUGAGUGUGAAAUUGGUUCAUUCUGCAAGUAAGAUAACUAGCUAUAG